AUGCCUUUCCCAGCUAUGGACCACUUUUUGGAGUCCUCGGAUGCACAAGCGCCAUUCCUACGGGACUGCAAAGGCCGGUGUGGGCGUCUGCUCAUCGGGCGUCUUGCGGCCGGACUUGAUCACAUCGUGACCAUUGUUAUGGCUGGCAUCCUAGGCAUCUACGGCCUGGUGGUCUCGGUGCUGAUUGCCAACAACCUCGCGCAGACGGUCGCUCUGUACACGAGUCUGCUUCAGCUGGGCGCCGGCCUGGCGGUUGGGCUUUGCGGGCUGGCUGCUGGGUUUGCAAUUGGGAUCGUCGGCGAUGCAGGCGUGAGGGGGACCGCGCAGCAGCCAAGACUUUACGUGGGCAUGAUCCUUGUUCUGAUCUUUGCUGAGGUCUUGGGCUUGUAUGGACUAAUUGUCGCGCUUCUAAUGAACGCCAGGGCGGGCGUUAUCGACUUCAAAUGCAGUAGUUGAUUGAUCCAGAUUCUGUACGGCGAACUGGAUCUAUG